UUCCUCCUCCUCUUCAGGUUUUUCCGGGGCGAGUACACGGUUGAGGUGGCGAUCAACGACUACCUGGACAUCUACUGUCCGCACUACGAGUGGCCGGAGCCCUCAGACCGCAUGGAGCACUACAUCCUGUACAUGGUGAACUACGACGGGUACACGUCCUGCGAUCACCACCGAAAGGGCUUCAAGCGCUGGGAGUGCAACCGGCCGCAGAGCCCCAACGGGCCGCUCAAGUUCUCCGAGAAGUUCCAGCUCUUCACUCCCUUCAGCCUGGGCUUCGAGUUCAGGCCGGGACACGAGUACUACUACAUCUCUUCUCCACAUCCGAGCCUGGCUGGGAAACCGUGUCUGAAGCUCAAAAUCUACGUCAAACCCACCAAUGACUCUGUGUAUGAGUCUCCGGAGCCCUUCCUGACGGACGACACCACCGGUGGAUGCAGCCUCGUUCUGCCCGGUAACUCCCUGCUGCCCGCCAUGUUGCUCCUCCUCCUCUUCAUCUCCUCAUAGCACCUCCUGCUCUGCUCCUCUUCCUCCUGCUGUUGGACUGCUCUCCGUCCUCCCUGAGACAGGAAACUAAUACAGCAAGGCCCUCCUCUCCCUGACCUCCGACCUUCACCUGAAUGCCACUCAGCAGCUCAGCCAAUCAGAGGAGGCCAAGGUCACUGGGGGGAGGAGCCAGGAGACGCUCUGUGAUGGAUGUUUCUGCUCCGACAAAGUCCAGACUCCAUUGACCCCCAUGUUAACACUGAUGCAUACAAUAUAUAUAUAUAUACAAACACAUAUAUUAAGGCAAUGACUAAACAUUAUUUUCCGCAUUAAUUGUUUAUAAAAUGCCUGAAUAAUUGUAAAAAAGGCAACAUCUUAAAAAGUCCCAAAACACAAUAUUAGAAACACAGAUUUGUGCCAAAUAUUUGCCUGGAAUCAGAAUACUUUAUUUAUCCCGCUGGGGGAAAUUAGGUAAACAUGACGGUCAGUGGAGUCCAGUUUCAGUCCAAGGAGAAGUGAAACACAUCAAGGCUGUUUAUAAUCUUUGGAUUUUCAUCACAGCUUCAAUAAAAGACGGAUCAUCAGCAGCAUAAAGAAACUCUAAGACGUCAGCUUCAGUCGGAGCAGCGUUCACCGGCAGCUCUCGGUUCUGCUGCAGCCUACAUCCGUUUUAUCUCUUUGCACUGAUGACUACAGUCACAGAAACCAGCCACAACACAGCAGGUCAUGUAGCAAAAGUUAACAUGGAACCUUUAACCCUUCAUAAAGGGUGAAACUAACUUGUUGGGAUGUCAUUGGUGACAUUUUCAAACUUACAUAUUUAUCUCACAAUUGCUGGUAGAACACAUCCCACAGAGUUUGAGAUCUGACUAACGGAAAACAAAAUAUUUUUACUUUACAGAACUUAUUGUCACGCUAAUGUAGCUUCAGACCAAUGGGUCAAGCUUUUGUAGCUUCAUAGACAAGGGGAAGAGCUAACGUAGUAGCCUAUCACAGAGGGACAGCGGGUUUACGUAGCUUUUAAAGUAAUGCGUUACAAGUGUAGCCGUACAGACCUGUGCUGCUAUAGCUUUACAGACCAACAGGACAAGCUAACGUAGCUUCACAGAAAUAUGGGAGGAGUUAACAUAGAUUCACAGAUAUAUAGGAUGGGCUAAAGUAGCUUCACAGACGCACAGGACAUGCUAACGUAGGUUCAGACAUACAGGCUGAGCUAACUUAAGCUAAAAGACAAACAGGGGUAUCUAAUGUAACCUCACAGAUAUAUGGGAAGAGCUAAAGGAAAUUCACAGACACACUGGAUGACCUAACUUAGCUUCACAGACAUACAAGGAUCAGCUAACAUAGAUUUACAGACAUAUAGGAUAAGCUAAUUUAGCUUUAAAGAUGUAGGGGCAUGCUAACGUAGAUUCACAGACAUACAGUGCAAGAUAGUGUAAAUUUACAGACAUACAGGAUGAGCUAAAGUAUAUUCUCAGACAUACAGGAUGAGCUAACUUAACUUCAAAGACAUAGGGGCAAGCUAACGUAGAUUCUCAGACAUACUGUACAGGAUUAACUAACUUAGCUUCACAGACAUACUGGGCAACAUAGCGUAGCCUCACAGACAUACAGGUUAAGCUAAGGAAUAAGCUAACAAGCUUAAGUAGCUUCAGAGAACCUGAUGAGCUAACCAGUUUUAAAGACCUAUGCUAACGUAGCUAUGACAAGCUAACAUAUCUUCAAAGACUAACUUAAUGUUACAAGACUUUGUAUUCAAAUAUAUAGGCUACAUGCAUAAAUAAUGUGUCUGAUACAUUUUCUGUUCAUUUCGGACAUUGUGGCUCAUUUCUGUGACAGUAAUCGCUUUCAGUGUUGAAUACAAAAAACAAAAAAGACUGUUGUCGAUCUUUUUCAUCACGUCUCUUGGCCAACUUCAGCAGCAGACGGCCUUUUAUUUCUGUAAAUCUGCCAAAGACUAUUGUUAAACUUUUCUAUUAGCAGGUUAAGUCAUAGUUGUCAUUGUGGCCCCGCCCACUUCUGCCAAAAGGGGGUGGGGCUAUAUCAGGUGGAGGAGUCACAUUCAUUUUUUUUUCUAACUUGUGUCGUUUUGUGGUAAAAAUAAAUCGAAUGUCAAGCGCAAAACUAAAUUGAAUCAAUCAAAAAUUGCCUUUUUCCCACUGGUGCUGAAUUUUUUGUGACUCAAUGACUUGGUUUCUGGGAAGCAGCAACACCGUGUGGACGAGAGGACGUUUUGUUUUUUUCUCUUCAUCUCUCCAUACCGUCGUUCCGUCUUCAUUGAUGGAGGAAGAGCGUGUCCUUGUGUUUGUGGACGAGCAGGGGCAUGCUGGGAAAUGCAGUAUCUAUAUAAAACGAACGAACUGUGAUGGAUGACGGACAGAAGCAAAACUGACUUUGUUUCGUUCGUUUAGGUAGAAAAAAAGUGAAGUUUUUAUUUUACAUUUUUGUGCCAUUUUUUUGUUUUUAAAAAACGCAGGACAAAAUUCAUAUAAGAUAUGAAUUUUAUGAAGGAAUCAGUCAGAUGUUUGUUGUUGUUGUUGCUGUUGUUGUUGUUUUCCUCUUUGUUCCUGCUUGCAUCACAAUGCAUUCUGGUCUUUGUAGUCCUGUGCUUUCUGGUUCUGUUGAUGAACAAAGGUUUUUGGUGGGUUUUUUCCAGUUCAUCGUCCUUUUCGUGUGGAUGGAAUCAGUUUUUUCGUGGCGUAAGAGAUGUUUAAGAAACUGCAGGAAAGAAAAACUACAGAAAAAAGUUCAGAAGGUGGUUUUAUGAGCGGGGGUGAGGCCUCCCUGUUGUCUGGUUUACAGCGUCUCUGAAAAGAAAAUGUUUUUCUACAUCAAAAUGUCUGCAUAUUCUAUUCUCUGAAAGACAAAAAAAUCUGUUUUUGUAUAUUUUCUUAUUGGAUGCUUAUAAAGUCAUGUAAAAGAAUGCAUUUAUCUGAUUGGCUAAAGAGCUAACGAGGGGUCAGAGGUCAUCGGGCCUCUUCAGGACAUUUUCUUCUGCGCUGCAUGAGCAGAAAAAAUUAAAAUACCUUUACUGAAUUUACUUUGAAGAUAAUUUCAGAGAGAAAAUGUUAAGAAGUGUAUGAAUCUGUGUUUGAUAAAUUCACCAAUAAAACAAUGUUCCACUAAAAAUAAA